AUGAAUGCGAUACGGGAACCGUAUCCUGGAUGGCUGGACUCGAUGAAUGGUCCUAUGGUUGCAACAUCACUGAUAUCUUUGGGUUUGGUACAUGCAGUGCCUAUAAGAUCGGAUGGAACAAGCGACUUCGUUCCAGUCGACAUGGCCACUAACGGCCUCCUGUCUGCGAUUUGGGAUUACGUUGUCAACAGGGAAAGAAACGAACCACAGAUGUACAAUUAUGCAUCGUCUGACUGGAACCCACUAGUACUCUGUGAGUACAGACCCGUUUUUUACCGUAGAGUUGAAGAAUACCCAUCCGCCAAGAUGAUCUGGUAUCCAUUCGUGCUCUUUAUUUAG